CUUCACAGUAAGAGUCUCUCGGAACAACCUCCCCCGCGGCGUCACGGCAGAUAAAACGGUGAAGCUGUGCAGUCGCUUUGGUCUGAUGUGGAGGUGAUCCAUCAGGAAACCACUUGGUCGCUGAUUUCCUCUGAGGGGACCGGCGAUGGCGACGCGUGUGCAGCUCUUCAGAAUUUUGCAGGAUUUGGAUGAUAGAGAGCUAAGAAACUUCAAGUGGUUACUGCAGCAGGAUGAGCUAAUGAAUCCCUUCCCAGCCAUCCAAAGAUGCCAACUGGAGAGCGCAGACCGGCCAGAGACAGUGGAUCAGAUGGUCCAGACCUACGGCACAGCCACCGUGGAGGUCACCAGGAGGGUCCUGAGAGAGAUGAACAAGAAUGAUCUCGUUCAGCGAUUGUUAGACUCCAGCUCCAGAACUCAAGGUACAACAGAUGGGCGGAUAGACCCCACGACUGUGAACACCCCGAAUGGGUUUCUGUUGAGACCGGAGGACGGAGCUGCUCUGGCCUCGGCUCUGAGACCCAACCCCAACCUCAGGGAGCUGGAGAUGAGCCCCGAUCUAGAGGACGUUGGUGGAGAGCAGUGGCUGCAACACCUGAUGAAGUGUAUGUCUGCGUUUAGUUUGAAUCAUAAACCAGAGAUGCAGUGAUCCACUUUUUCAGAUUCCUGUCAACUCAGACUGGACCCAAACACAGCUCACAGGUUCCUCGUCCUGUCUGAGGGGAACCGCACGGUGACCUGGGAGGGGGAGUGGCAGCCAUAUCCUGGUCACCCAGAGAGGUUUGAGGACUGGUGGCAGAUCCUGUGCAGAGACGGUCUGACUGGUCGCUGCUACUGGGAGGUCUGGAAGACUGGAAGGGUUGAUAUCGGAGUGGCUUACAGAGGAAUCAGAAGGAGGGGGAAGACAGAGGACGGCAGGCUGGGCUGGAAUAAAAACUCCUGGGUCCUGACCUGCUAUGAUGGGAGUUUCUCUGCCCAGCACAACAACAUCAGAACCGACACGUGUGAGCCGCCCAACUGUAGCCGGGUGGCGGUGUACCUGGACUGGCCUGCUGGCUCUCUGUCCUUCUACAGUGUCUCCUCUGACACACUGAUCCACCUCCACACCUUCACCUGCACCUUCACCCAGCCUCUGUACCCGGCCUUCGGGUUCGGGUUCAACGCCUCCGUGACUCUGCCGCCGGGUUGAGGAGUGACACACCCAGGACACUCAGAAAGUAUUCAGGCCCCCUUCACUUUUUUCACUUCUGUUAUGUUGCAGCCUGAUGCUA